CGUGGCGCACGCGCGCGCGGGCGUCGGUUGUGGGAGCCGCCGGGCGGGGGCCGCUGCGUUGAUCGGAGAACAAAUAACGGCAUAAACGAAAAACUGUCGCAGCCCCACGCGGAUUUCUUGGAUCUGCGCUCGGCCUCCCUGGCGGCGCCUCCAGCGACGCCCUGGGCGCGCCCCGAGCACGACCAGGGGAAACUCCGCGCGGAGAUCCACAUGUUCCUGUUGAUGCCGCUGUUUCUUCUUCGGGUUGAGGUCGGCGCCCCUGGGGCGGCCGGUGGCCGCCUCAGCGGCGGCUGCUCCAGGAGCAGCUCGGGCGAUUCUCCGCGUGCAGGAAGCGGCAGGAAGGGAGUGCUGAGGGCGGGGGGGGGGGGCCCUGAGAUCUGGGAAAGCGCCGGCCCCUCGCGGGGCAAUGGCAGGGCGGGGCAGCGCGCUGGGCGGAGGGCAGCCAGGGGCGACGGCAGGCUGGCGGCGACGGGGGACCCGCCACAGGGCCAGCAGGCAGCGGAGACACGCGUCGGAAACCUCGAUCCCGAAGCACUCCAGAAGGCUCCUGGCCAUGCCGGCUCCUCCCGGGGCCCUGCGGCCCUGGGAGGCGGCAGAAGCGACCACGGGCAGAGGGUGCCGAGAAGGAGAGGGGGGGAGGGGAGGGGGGAGGAGGAGGGCUGGGACAAGCUGGUCGCGCUCGCGCCGACGUGGCCGCCCGACGCGGCGGAGGGAUGCGCGCGGCCAGGCAGGAGGUCUUCCUGUCGAAUUUGGAACGACUUCGUUCACGCCUCGGCCUCGUGCCGGGGCACUGGAGGGCGAGUCGCAGGAGGACGGGACAGAGUCGGCGGCCCGCCAGGGGACAUGCCCGACCUAACCCCACGUGCGCCGCCGACGGAGACCGCCAGCCAGCCUUGGCUCCUUCCCGGACGCUCAUGGUCACGGGAUGGCCCUCUCGGCCAGAGUGCCCGAACGGGCCCACGCCCGCUGCAGCACGGUCUCACUGGCAACACGCCGCCUGCGGGCCAGCUCGCUGGCACGGUGCGCAAGCUGCGAGGUGGCACAUCUGGAGCAGAGCGGACAGCCAUACGCAGGCCACAGGUCCCGCUGGCGGCCCGCGCGUGGCCAAACCAGAGGGCAGCCAUGAGCAAGCCACGAGCGGCACCUUCUAGGUAAAACCGGCAUUCCGAUAUUCGCAGACAGCAUCUGCACACCACCGCCACCGUGCCUGGCCAGAGCCAAGAACGCUAGUGGCGUCCAGAUGCCUUCCCUGGGAUCCGACGUUGCAAAGAAAACGCACCUCGAAAAAACUCACGGCCAAAGCCC